AUCUGAAAUGAAAUGAGGAUCGAAUUGGAGCAGAGAGACAACAUGAAGAAGAAAUGCGCCAUCGCGAAGAUCUUCAAAGUUCGUAAGAGGCGCGAGCUGCUGUGCGCGCAGGCGGGUUUGCUGUGCAGCCUGCUGCUGGGGGUCUGGGCUAUGUCGGAGCUCCUCACCCAGGCAGGCCAUGGAAUGAUCGUAGAUGGAGGGAUAAACGUUGACCCCCAUUGGGGCAGGAGACUGAUGGCCUUGGCGCAAAACAACGAGACUGUGGAGAAGAACUGUACUGAGCCAGCUAUACACGAAUUUCCUGAGGACUGUUUCACCAACGCUGAGCGGAAAAGUGGAGCAGUGCUACUGCAUAUCCUAGCGGCUCUGUAUAUGUUCCUGGCGCUGGCAAUUGUGUGUGACGACUACUUUGUGACCUCUCUGGAGAAGCUCUGUGAGAAGUUGGAUCUUAGUGAGGAUGUAGCGGGAGCUACCUUCAUGGCUGCAGGAAGCUCGGCUCCUGAACUGUUCGCAUCCGUUAUAGGUGUGUUCAUUACUCACGGUGACGUUGGAGUAGGAACCAUUGUCGGCUCUGCUGUCUUCAACGUCCUCUGCAUUAUUGGAGUGUGUGGGAUUUUUGCUGGACAGGUGGUGCUAUUGACAUGGUGGGCCGUGUUUCGGGACUCGCUCUACUACAUCCUGUCUGUUGUGGCACUGAUUGCAUUUAUCUAUGAUGAGAAGAUUGUAUGGUGGGAGAGCUUGGUGUUGGUGGUCAUGUAUAUGGGAUACAUUCUGAUCAUGAAAUUUAACUCCACCAUGCAGAAUUUUUUCACUGGAAGAAGUAAGAAGAAUGUUGCUAACGGGAACGCAGCGAGUGGAAACGAGUUGGAGGACGUCAAACCUAGCAAGGCCUACACUCGAGGUUCAGUGGUCAUGGUGGACGAGAUCAUCAAUGCCAGUCCUCCAAAUUACCGUUUUCCUGAGGCUGGACUUCGUGUCAUGGUCACCAACCACUUUGGACCCAAAACUCGUCUGCGCAUGGCCAGCCGUCUCAUUAUUACAGAGAGGCAGAAGCUGGUUCGUGGAGCGAAUGGUGUUGAGGUGGCAGUGGUGGAUGGAAAGAGUGACAUUGAGAACGGGAAUGUGCCAGAGGACAAGCCAAGUGAGGAAGAGGAUGGAGAACUGACCUCACCGUUCACUAUACCAAAGGGCUGCAUGAACAAGACAAAAUGGCUGAUCUCAUGGCCUCUGCUGCUUCUGCUGUUCUUCACUAUCCCAAACUGUGCCAGACCUCGCUGGGAGAAGUACUUCAUGCUGUCCUUCAUCCUCUCGACUGUCUGGAUCGCAGUCUUCUCCUACUUUAUGGUGUGGAUGGUGACCAUCAUCGGGUACACGCUCGGCAUUCCAGAUGUUAUCAUGGGCAUCACGUUUCUGGCAGCUGGCACUAGUGUUCCGGAUUGCAUUGCCAGCUUGAUUGUUGCUCGCCAAGGUCUGGGCGACAUGGCUGUGUCUAACAGCAUCGGCAGUAACGUGUUUGACAUCCUGGUGGGGCUCGGAUUGCCGUGGGCUCUGCAGACGAUGGCCAUCAACUACGGCUCAGUGGUGAUGAUAAACAGUCGAGGGUUAGUGUACUCUGUUGUGCUGCUGCUUGGCUCCGUCGCUCUCACUAUCUUGGGCAUCCACAUCAACAAGUGGAAGUUGGACUUUAAGCUGGGUGUGUACGUGCUGGUCCUGUACGCCAUCUUCCUCUGCUUCUCCAUCAUGAUAGAGUACAACGUGUUCACCUUCGUCAACCUGCCCAUGUGUCAGGAAGACCAUUAGAACCCACACAAUCCUCCAUAUCUUGCUAAUGUUCACCUCCAUCCUGUUGUCAUUCUUGAUAUUCCUUUCUCAACCCUUAUCCAAACGCACUCUCUCUCUCGCUCUCUCUCCCUCUCUCUCCCUCUCUCCUGCUGGUCUUCCACUGUAGUGUCAAAACCACCAUUACCUCAAAGUGGACUAGGAUGUCAUUCUUUAUCUUGCAGUAAGUUAGAGAUGUUCUCUCAAUGGCAGCAGUCCACAGUGUUUGGUGUUUCUCUGGUGACCAGGAGCUUGUCAAACAAUUCCCCAAACCCUCAAUCAUGAAAAAAUUCUCUCCAUGAUCCAAGAGGAGUAUCUUCUUGUUGGCAGCUCUUCUUUAAAAAGAAAAAAAAAAGGGAAAGGACACCUUUCAUGUUGCAGAGUGGAUCUGUCAGAUACAGAUUGUGUGGGCUUUGUCCUACAUAAACUCACCUUUUUUCCAUGUUAUAUAUUGUUUAUUAUUUAUUAAUUAUUAAUUUAUUGGCACUAUUUAAUAAAUUUUUUUAACGCACGUCACUCAUUGGACUAUGUGCAUGUUUUUCUAUUUUGCAGCACUAUGUGAAAAUAGUUUUGUUGAAAUUUUUUGUAAUACAAAUUCAAAAUGAGAUAGAGAGGAAAAUCAGACAGAUAAGAUCUGGACCACUCUUGGGUUAUGUGUUGUCCUUUUAAAAAUGAAAAUGCUCCCUAUUGAAUCUAGGGAACUGCAGGAAUGUGGAAAUGCUUUCUCAGUUAAGUGUCAUCUCAUCGAACAGAUUUUUUUUGUCAGUCACAGAAGUUCCUGGAAGGUCAUAUUGUGAGAUCUGUGUAUAAUUGGUGUGAGUAUGUGUGUUCAGUUUUGAGCAGGAGGUGGAGGAUCCUAGGCUGGAUCUUAACCUUUAUUUUAUCUCCUAGCAGAUAUGGGCUUGCGCUACUCUGAAGCCCGGAAGUGGCGGAUGAUUGCGUUCUUUUAACAACUUUCCAUGUAGAUACUUGCACUUUAAAAGAAGCGUCUAAACAAGAACUCUCUCAUCAGUGUAUCUUGCUUCCUUCUGUGAGUGUUAAAAAGACUGUAGAAAGAUUAUGCGAUGUUUUUAGGGACGAUGACGCUCUUUGAGCACAGAUGCCGAAAGCACAUCCCGUCUCCAUCCGCAGUGCAUGAUGGGACAACUCAGUGACCCUCAACCAAACCCAGACCAGCAGCAGUGAACAAAAACUGAUGACUCCCCCCUACCCCUCAUAUUGCAACAACACAACACAAAACCGAGCACCACUUUUGAAAAGCAUGUCUAAUUUUUGUGUGAUGGUUGCUGAACAAUAUGCAAUCUCAACAUGAGCAUCGCUUUCAUGUCUUAGCAUGAAGGAUAAACAUGAAACGCUUUUCAUCAGGAUGCUCGAUUUAGUAGCUGUUUAGGAUUGAGAAAGAAGUGCUGGGUGGAGGCACUAUGCAAGGAGGACGGGCAUUAUAGUUCCCAUCUUUCCCAUUCGUGAAAGACUUGAAUUGUUGUCCCUCCACUUCUCCAACAUGAGACAUGAUGAGACUGUAAGAUGUGUUUUUUUUUUUUGUUUGUUUUUGUUUUUUUGUAGUUCUGAAGCUGCUAUCUAUGAAUGGGAGGACAUGACCUCACUCACACUGUUGUAAUACAUGUACUCUUCCUUCCCAGAGACUCAGAUACUUUAAUGUUUGAAUGGCAGCUUGCAUGGGGUUUAAUUUAAUGGGCAGGGAAAAAUUUCUCUAGUGCCAUUUUCUACACUUAGAUAAUGAUGAUGCUGAAUUCUCAGCUGUCUCUGACUUUUCUUUGACUCUUUAUUUUGAAUGAAAAUCUCUUUUCUCUUAAAAGAACAUGUUUGAGAGCAAAGAAUUUAGUUGAUCUGUUGAGACUGAAAAUGGAAAUGUACCAGUUUUUUGGUGUGGUUGGAUCUGUAAGUGUCCAUAAUCACAUGUCCUUUUGAUGUUCUCUUGUACUGUUACACACAAAUAUACACAUGCAUACUUAUACACAAGGCAUACUUAAUACAUUUUUCAAAAAGUAGAUUGUGUUGUGAGUGCAUAUUAAAGACUGUGUAUAAAGAAGCACACAACACAUUUCAUAUGAUUCAUAUGAUCAUAUGGAACAUUGAGGGGGAUUUAAUUGCAGUUCAGAAUAACUGAACGUGACCCUAUGCACUGUGAGCUCAACAUGAUGUGGGAUUUUGUGUCUCAAUUCUGAAAAUGAUCAUUAAAAAGAAAUGAAUAUGUAUAAAUUUAAUGUAGACUUAGAUACCAUUAACAUCUGUUUAACUUCAAUGAAUGUAUUGUCUUGUUAUAAUUGACAUUAUGCAUUUUACUGUAAAGCAAUAACAUUAAAAAAAAAUUGAAAUGA